AUGGUUGACGGCUUCAAACCGAGACGAUCUAAUAGACUGAAACAUUUGCCGAAAGUUGAUUACUGCGAGAACAAGACGGCGGAUGGGAAACGGAAAAGGGGAGCAUUAGACGAAGAAGACGAGUAUACGCCGUCCCGGGAAGGCACGCCGGAGAAUCAGAAGAUUCCAACACGCGCGCCGGAGAAUCAGAAGAUUCCAACACGCGCGCCGGAGAUUCAGAGGAGUCCAUCACGGCGAGUGAGACGCAAGACCGCCAUUACAAGGAGUUCACGACAGCGCGCCAUCGAUGCGUCUCAGAAUGAGGGUGCCUGCAUCAUAUCAGGCAUAAAGGACAAAUCCGUGCAACAAUGCCAUGUGUUGCCACGGGCCACAAAGCCGGAUGUGCUCACGGCUCUGGAGUGGUGGUGGGACAUUACAGAGCUCAGCGUGGAUUCACGCCACAACCAGGUUUUCCGUGCGUCUUCUUUCCAGGACGCAUGCCGAUACGCGUGGACUUACUUGCAUACAGUCCGUGCCGAUCUCCAUGCAUUGUGGGAUCGUGGAUACAUUGCGAUCAUGCCAAUGCCUGACGUGAUGAAGGAAUAUGUUGCCAAGUGGAAGGAUGGUGGCAGGCACAAGGUUCUGGAGGCUAGCGACGAAGCCAAGAUCCACGAGUACUGUGUGAUACCUCACCCAGACCUUGACAACUAUGCGAUCCGCGAAGGGUUCACCUACGGAUUCGACAAGGUUGGGAUCAUUCGGUACGUCGUUACGCUUUGGCUUGUCAUGUGGCAUGGACUUACUUCAACGUCCUCGUGUGGCGUAACAGCUCUUAUGGGUCCAGAAGCUUUGGAUCAGGACAAACGCUCCAAAUUGAAGGCCGUCAAGCCCGAUGGCGAAUCAUGCGGUAGCAAUCUCAAGUUGUAUGCCGCCUAUUUGGCGCCUACUGGAUCACGGUGCCUGUUGAGUCUUCAGGACGCCAAGUCAGUCCAAGGAUGUCACGUUGUGCCGCGAAGGACCGACGACGAUACGUGUGCGAGAGUGGCGGCGUGGUGGGGGCUUGAUGAGUUCGACGUCGACUCCCCUUUCAAUAUCUUCUUAUUGAGAGCCGAUAUCCACUGCUUGUGGGACCAAGGGCAUCUCAUGUUCGUGCCUGAGCCUCAUAUUGUCAAAGAUCAUCUCGCACGAUCUAUUGUCCCCAUAGGUGGUGCCUCGUCGCUAGCCGAGCUAUUUGCAGCGUCCGAUGUCCCCGUCUACAGAUAUUGUGUCGUUGCCCAUCGCGACCUUCCCGAGACAGAGGAGAGCGCUGCGUUUCCGAGGGAUAUCAAGAUCUUGGGCUAUGUGGAAUCCCCAAUUCCUCCCCAGCUCGUUAUAUACAAAUGGGGGGUUGAUCCUGUCGAAGAGUGGACUAAAUGGGUUCUAAAUGGCUCUAGAUGCCUUCUACAAGCGCCACGGAGUCGAUUAUGA